GUGGAGUCUGGAGGGAUGCUGGGCUCUGUGGCCCGGCUCCGCGACUCCACCAUCUGGGCGGGUCUAACGCCCCUUUCUGUUGCAGGCGGGCCCCCGGGGCUCCCAGCGGAGCGCAUCCUGGCGGUGCCGGUGCGCACUGACGCCCGGGGCCGCUUGGUGUCCCACGUGGUGUCGGCGGCGACGGGCCGGGAGGGGGUGCGCGCUCGCAGGGCCGCCCCCAUCCAGACCCCUAGCUUUCCAGAAGGCAACGAGGAGGACUCUGGCGGCCGCCUCUUCUACAAUGUCACGGUCUUCGGUCGAGACCUGCACCUGCGGCUGCGGCCCAACUCCCGCCUCGUGGCGCCCGGGGCCACGGUGGAGUGGCAGGGCGAGUCGGGCGCCACCCGCGUGGAGCCACUGCUGGGGAACUGCCUCUAUAUCGGGGAAGUGGCCGGCCUCACCGAGGCCUCCUCCGUGGCGCUCAGCAACUGUGACGGCCUGGCUGGCCUGAUCCGUGUGGCGGAGGAAGAGUUCUUCAUUGAGCCCCUGGAGAAGGGACUGGCAACAGAGGAAGCUGAGCAGGGCCGUGUGCAUGUGGUGUACCGCCGGCUGCCCACUUCUAAACCUCUCCCUCUGGGGGGCCCACAGACCCUGGACACGGGGGCCUACCCUGGCAGCCUGGACCGCCUCAGCCGAGCCCUGGGCGUCCUGGAGGAGCGUGUCAACAGCUCGGGGCGCAGGACCCGCAGGCACACCGCUGAGGACGACUACAACAUAGAGGUCCUGCUGGGCGUGGAUGACUCUGUGGUGCAGUUCCACGGAAAGGAGCACGUGCAGAAGUACCUGCUCACGCUCAUGAACAUCGUCAAUGAAAUCUAUCAUGAUGAGUCCCUGGGGGCCCACAUUAAUGUCGUCCUGGUGCGAAUAAUCUUGCUGAGCCACUCGAAGUCCAUGAGCCUCAUUGAGAUUGGGAACCCCUCUCAGAGCCUGGAGAAUGUUUGCCGCUGGGCCUAUCUCCAGCAAAAGCCAGACACAGGUCACGAUGAAUACCAUGACCAUGCCAUCUUCCUCACACGGCAAGACUUUGGACCUUCAGGCAUGCAAGGAUAUGCUCCUGUCACUGGGAUGUGCCACCCUGUCCGCAGCUGCACCCUCAACCACGAAGAUGGCUUCUCCUCAGCUUUUGUUGUGGCCCAUGAGACCGGCCAUGUGCUGGGCAUGGAACAUGACGGGCAGGGAAACCGCUGUGGCGAUGAGGUGCGACUGGGCAGCAUCAUGGCGCCCCUGGUGCAGGCAGCCUUCCACCGCUUCCACUGGUCCCGCUGCAGCCAACAGGAGCUGAGUCGCUACUUGCACUCCUAUGACUGCCUGCGGGAUGACCCUUUUGCCCACGACUGGCCGGCGCUGCCCCAGCUCCCGGGGCUGCACUACUCCAUGAAUGAGCAGUGCCGCUUUGACUUUGGCCUGGGCUACAUGAUGUGCACCGCGUUCCGGACCUUUGACCCCUGCAAACAGCUAUGGUGCAGCCAUCCUGACAACCCCUACUUUUGCAAGACCAAGAAGGGCCCCCCUUUGGAUGGGACCAUGUGUGCAUCUGGAAAGCAUUGCUUUAAAGGACAUUGCAUCUGGCUGACCCCUGACAUUCUCAAACGGGACGGCAACUGGGGUGCAUGGAGUCCAUUCGGCUCCUGCUCACGCACCUGCGGCACAGGUGUGAAAUUCAGGACCCGCCAGUGUGACAACCCACAUCCGGCCAACGGGGGUCGCACCUGCUCAGGACUGGCCUACGAUUUCCAGCUAUGCAGCCCCCAGGACUGCCCUGAUGCCCUCGCUGACUUCCGUGAAGAGCAGUGCCGCCAGUGGGACCUAUACUUUGAGCAUGGCAACGCCCAGCACCACUGGCUGCCACUGGAGCAUCGGGACGCCAAGGAGCGCUGCCACCUCUACUGCAAGUCUAAGGAGACUGGGGAGGUGGUGUCCAUGAAGCGCAUGGUGCAUGAUGGGACACGCUGCUCCUACAAGGACGCCUUCAGCCUCUGUGUGCGUGGAGACUGCCGGAAGGUGGGCUGUGAUGGGGUGAUCGGCUCCAACAAGCAGGAAGACAAGUGUGGCGUGUGUGGAGGGGACAACACCCACUGCAAAGUGGUCAAGGGCACGUUCACACGCUCCCCCAAGAAGCUCGGUUACAUCAAGAUGUUUGAGAUCCCAGCAGGAGCCAGACACCUGCUCAUCCAGGAGACAGACAGCACCAGCCACCACCUGGCCAUCAAGAACCUGGAGACAGGCAAGUUCAUCUUACAUGAAGAGAAUGAUGGGGAUCCUAAUUCCAAAUCCUUCAUUGCCAUGGGUGUGGAGUGGGAGUACCGCAGUGAGGACGACCGGGAGACCCUGCAGACCAUGGGCCCCCUCCACGGCACCAUCACCGUUCUGGUCAUCCCACAGGGAAGUGCCCGGAUCUCGCUGACAUACAAAUACAUGAUCCACGAGGACUCACUCAAUGUGGAUGACAACAAUGUCCUGGAUGACAACUCUGCAGGCUACGAGUGGGCCCUGAAGAAGUGGUCCCCCUGCUCCAAGCCCUGCGGCGGAGGGUCCCAGUUCACCAAGUAUGGCUGCCGCCGGAGGCUGGACCACAAGAUGGUGCACCGUGGCUUCUGUGACACGCUCACGAAACCCAAAGCCAUCCGACGGACAUGCAACCUGCAGGAGUGUUCCCAGCCUGUUUGGGUCACGGGCGAAUGGGAGCCAUGCAGUCAGAGCUGCGGGCGGACAGGCAUGCAGGCACGCUCUGUGCAGUGCAUUCAGCCCCUGCACAACAACAUCACGCGCUCAGUGCACACAAAGCACUGCAAUGAUGCCAGGCCUGAGGGCCGACGGGCCUGCAACCGUGAGCUCUGCCCUGGUCGGUGGCAGGCUGGGCCCUGGUCCCAGUGCUCGGUGACCUGUGGAAAUGGCACCCAGGAGCGGCCAGUGCUCUGCCGUACCUCUGAUGACAACUUCGGACUGUGUCGGGAGGAGCGACCUGAGACAGCAAGGAUCUGCAGGCUUGGUCCCUGUUCCCGAAAUGUCUCUGAUCCCUCCAAGAAGAACUACAUUGUUCAGUGGCUCUCCCGCCCAGACCCUGACUCGCCAGUGCAGAAGACCUCGUCAAAGGGCCGCUGUCAAGGUGACAAGUCAAUGUUCUGCAGGAUGGAAGUCUUGUCUCGCUAUUGCUCCAUCCCAGGCUACAAUAAGCUGUGCUGCAAGUCCUGUAACCUGCACAACCUCACCCAUGUGGAUGACAGGGCGGAGGCGCCACCUGGGAAGCACAAUGACAUUGAGGAGCUCACGCCCACCCACCCAGUGCCCACACUAGUCAUGGAGGCACCCCCUACCCCAGGCACACCCCUGGUGGUUCCUCUCAAUGCCUCCAGCACCAAUGCCACUGAGGAUCACCCAGAAACCAAUGCUGUUGAUGUUCCCUACAAAAUCCAUGGCCUGGACAAUGAAGUCCAGCCACCCAACUUAAUCCCUCGACGACCGAGCCCAUAUGAAAAGACCAGAAAUCAAAGGAUACAAGAGCUCAUUGAUGAGAUGAGGAAGAAAGAGAUGCUCGGAAAGUUCUAAUAAAAUGGAAAGAUAGCAUUAAUAGCACUUUUUUUCUUGCUUAUAGAGAUUUCAUAGGAGAGCAAAUCCUAUGUUCUGGAGGUGAAGUCAAAUUUUCUGAUUCUAAGAGGUUUUCGAAAAACAAAGAGGGAGAAUGAUACACAUAUAUAGCUAUGUGCGUGUGGCAACUAGGUUAGCACAUGUGUUUCCCAGCCCCAGAGUUUUCUAAAUCCUGUACUAGGGUGAGCAUGGGAAAAUACAGGAGCUCUGCAAUCUCUCUACGAUGUGGGGUGGAGAGCAGAAGUAAGUCAGAGGGAAAGCACUGGCCCUGAGUGUCUGGGCAGUGCCUAGGAAUCUUCCUUUCCUUGGUGGUGACUACUCUCUGGGGAUAUAGGCCAUUUCCCGCCAGUCUCUAGACUGAGGCACAAUCCCUAAGGGGAAGGUCUUAAGGUAAAUGGUGGUUUAUUCACUAAACCACUACAAUGAGCACAAUCCAGUGAGGGUUGCGAAUGCAAAUUCCUUCCAGAACCAGGUUGGAGGAGAGGAUGAGUGUGGGGAAGCAGGGGAGAGUACCAACCUGAGAACCACACUCAAGUAGCACUGACUGUCAGCUCUGGCCACUGCUGCCACGCGACCGCUCGUGCCAGAGUGUGCUCUUUCAGAAGAAAUCUAAUUUUCACGUAAAAAUCUUUAAAGGCCAACUUAAAAUAUUUUAAGGGGGCCUGUGUGUGAGUCUGUUCGGCUCUAAAGUCUGGUUUCUAGUUUUGAGAAUUAAGGACUUGAGUAACCAUCUGACCCAUUUGGUGCUCCUGGGCAGUAUCUGCAUAUGUCAGCUGAGUUGGAGCUGUGAAACAGUCCAUUUCUUCCUUAGAAAGUACCCAAGUUACUGUAACCAGGACAUUUUCUUACUGAGAAGAUAGUGGAGGGCUCCAGUAAUCCUGGUCUGUUUGCCAACUCUGGCCACCUGGCCUCAACACCAGCGGCCCCAGAGAGGUGCUUUCCCUCCCCAAGUGCAUCAGAAGGACAAGGGAGGCAUUCACAUUGCUGGAAAGUGCAGUGGGAGGUCAAGGCCUUGAACUCCCACAGAUGGGGAAUGUUACGAUCAGGGUACCAUGCCCACGCGCCUUGAGGUCUUGGACUUUGUGGACUUGGGUCUGACCCUGAAGACCAGAUUUUCUUGCAAAGGAUGGAUGGCCUUUCCCUGUCCAGCCCUCUACCCCUUAGAAGUGAGCUGCCCCACAGGACCAUUCUUAGACACGGGAUGGGAGGUGUGAGAGCUUGCUUUAUCUUUCACACUCUACAAACUUUAACAACUUCUGGCUUUGGCAAAAUGGUGCCAAGUUGUGAGCAAGAUGUGACUGAGAAAUGAAAGGAAGGGCAUAGGGGUGGAUGGGAGGAUGGUGGCUAAUUUUCACUUCUCCCUGUGUUGAUAUUUUGUGAACAUGUAGCUUAAACUUCUCCAAAGUACAACACUCAGGGGCACAUUAGUCCUUCAGCUGGACUUCGGCAGACACAUAAUUCUGAAAUUUUUCACGUCCAGGGAGGUUCAGAUAUCUUUGCCAGCCAUAAAUCUUAAAGAACUCUUUCUUUCUUAAUUCCCCAAUAUAUGGAUGAGAACACUGAGGCUCAGAAUAAUACCAUGAUGGCUAAUUUAUGUUGAAUUUAAGGUGCAAAGUAUGCUUGUCUGAAUCUGUGCAUGUGUAUGGGUGUCAGUGUGUGUGGUGUAGGAAACAGUGAGAAAUAUCUGGGAUGAUGCUUAAUUUUUCAGCUGGGUGAUAAGUAGCCUCCCUUCUGCCCUAUGCACCCUGCCCCUUCCUUCUGCUAACUCAUCCCACACGUGCUCAUUGACUGUCCCUGUGUCUCAAAGGAGCUUGCUGGAUCCUAAGACUCAAACUGGAGAAAGCAUUUUGUAAUACGUCUCAUCAUAUUACUCUAAUAAGAUGUGGUCUGAAGCACUGUGGCAGUGCUAUUGCUCUACAAUCAGGAAAUGGAUCUCGGGGCUUUCCUGAAUUUGAACCUGUAGCAGCUGGUGCUAUGCAUGAGGUGAAGGCAGUUCUUGCUUGGAUCUGCCCUACAAUGUGGAGAAAGUUCAGGGUUGACCCAAGCCAGAGCUUAUUACUUAUUACUCAGUGGGGACCUCUGAUUUCAGCAAAGCAAGGCUACAUGUCUUGGGUCUGGAGGCCUUCAGAGUGAGGCCCCAAAUGGGACAUUCCUAGGGGCACCUACCUUCUGCUUAAGGAAGAAUGAUGUCCUUUGGGAACUGUAGGCCAGCAUGGCCAUGGCCCCAGAAGCAUACUAAGUGCUUUGGGCUGUAUAUCCAGAGUUCUCUAGAACAACAGUUCUCAGAAGCCUCUUAGUGUAAAGAAUGGUGCAACUGUCCACUGAGCAUGGGGCCUUCAGGACAGAUGCCUUAGCCACAGUACUGAGCUUCCAGAACCAGGGUCUAUUGCCCAAGGGGCUCCUGCAGGCUAGGAGACACAGAAAGUGUCUUCUAACUUGUUUAUAACACCGUGUUGAGACUCAGAGGUCCCCUCUGUCCCUGGCUCUAAGAAAUUCAGCUGAGGUAUCUGAGAGGCACCUCAUGCUCAUGGGGAGACUCAUCUGAAAUAGUAAGACCUGGUUCUCUGCUCCUUUUGGAAAAGCCCAUGAAUUUCAUGUAUAAGCCUUUCAUUUGUAUUUUAAGGUUUUUGUUUGAGUAUUAAAUGGUGCACAAUAGUGAAGUCUUUAUCAGACGAAGCUUUAUGCCAUGCAGAUGUACUCCUGUGUGGCAGGCGGCUACCAUAUGAAUCAUCAUGGUGCUGAGCUCACAUCACAAUAUUUUAUCCUACUGAUCACAGCAAUCAAUACAUUUGCUUUCUGUAUAGUAAAAUAUGACUCCUUGAUUUUAUAACUUAUUAAAAAUAAAAAUGUCUGUGUUUUUGCACAUAAUGCCUGUGCUUGAU